GAGCUCGACGUCUGUCCCUUACAGGGAAAGAGGGUCACAGUGUCGCAGUUCCUAUGGUCGGAUUUAGUAUCUCUUGACGCAAGUGCAUCUUUUCACUGUCAGCUGAAUAUUUCUGUGGCCUCAGCUCGCCCACGCCCGGUAUAGACUGUACGACAAUCAAGCAUAAGGGAACAAAGUGAUUCAUCUCUUUCUAAGUAUGUCUCAAGAGAGCUACAGCAGCUCGGAGUAUUCCGACGAUACGAAAACACCAGACCGUGAACUGGAAGAGAGAUGGCAUGGUACACAUACAGACGACAUAGGAUCCCCGAGGAGACAAAGGGUCAGGUUCAAAUCUCUCGAUGAUAGGCCCCAGGACGAAGAUACGCAGACUUUUAUAUCUCGUCUCAGAAAUGAAGGCCAGCAGCAACAGAGACCGUCUACGCCAGAUCCAAGUACGUCUAGAGAUGUGACGGAUAUAUCGCUCAAUGAUCGAGCAGCACCAGAAGACGAUGGCAACAGACCCGAUGGAACAGAGAAGCCAGAUACAGAGAAACAAGACACAGAGAAGCCAGAUGUGGGAAAUCUAGGCGAGAAGCUAAAGCAGACUACAACAAAUCCAUUUAAGACUAUACGCGAGAAAGGUCAGCGCCUUGCAGAACGGAUGGGACACGGACCCGGACACGAAACGGGAGACUCUCUCACUCCGGCUCAUCCGGAGCAAAACUGGGCAGGCGGCGGCAAUGUGCCUGUGUCGGAUAUGACAGACGAUAAGCACAAGGGCGAUGAAGACAGACGCCGGGACCAAGCAACAUCUACUGCGGAGGCUCAUCGUCUUGUACGAGACUUAUGUCAGAACCAGACGGGCGAUAGGCGCAAGACUAGACCUACUGUUCGUGGUCAGGGCACACCAGCUGGCCUUCAGACCGAUGCCGAUUCUCAAUAUAGGUAUCGUAAAGGUGGUGGUGGAGUCUUGUCGCAGCUUCUAAAGCUACAGAAUGUGCAACAGGGACAAAGAGGUCGUUAUGACAGUGACACAGAUAUCGAGGAUCUCCAAACAUCCAAACCGUCUUCGGGUACAUCAACUCCAAAAAAAGAAAAGCUUAAGUGGUACAAGAAGCCUCCCAACCAGUCAACGUCCUCUCUGGCUGGAUCGACGAAUCUCAGUGGAGCUAGUACCCCGGUCCACUCUGGAGAAAUAAUGUCUCUUGCUUCCAAACGGCGCAGUAAGGGCGGAAGUAUGAAUGAAAACAAACUGCGUCUCGAGGAUGAGAUCCGGGUGACGAUUCACAUCGCUGAGAUCAUCGCCCGUCAGAGGUUCAUAAUGCAGCUAUGCAAGGCGCUAAUGAUGUACGGCGCCCCUACACAUCGACUGGAGGAAUACAUGUCGAUGACUGCGAAAGUACUAGAAGUCGAUGCCCAAUUCCUAUACUUCCCGGGUUGUAUGGUCAUAUCCUUUGACGACCCGUCGACCCGUACAACAGAGGUCAAACUUCUCAGGGUAGCGCAGGGUGUGAACCUGGCACGUCUGGCCGAUACUCAUAGAGUAUACAAAAACGUGAUGCACGAUAUCAUUGGCGUCGAGGAAGCAACUUCGGAACUAGAAGAAAUCUUGAACCGAAAGCCUAGGUUUGGCAAGUGGGUUAUGGUUUUGGUCUACGGGUUAGCCAGUAUGACGAUCGGGCCCUUCGCCUUCGAAGCAAGACCCAUUGACCUUCCGAUGAUAUUUGUCCUUGGUUGUCUUCUUGGUAUCUUACAGCAUGUAGUAGCGCCCAACUCCGCACUUUAUUCCAAUGUCUUCGAGGUCUUUGCGACAGUCUUGAACUCUUUCCUCGCCCGCGCGUUAGGAAGCAUCCGCUGGGGCGUGGUGAACGGGAAGCAACAAUAUCUCUUUUGUUUCUCUACUCUGGUCCAAUCUUCUAUCGCUCUUAUCCUUCCAGGUUUUAUGGUUUUAUGCAGCAGUCUCGAAUUGCAGUCCCACCAAAUGAUUGCCGGAUCCAUCCGUAUGGUCUAUGCUAUCAUCUAUUCACUCUUCCUUGGAUAUGGGAUCACCACCGGUACAACAAUCUACGGCCUCAUUGAUGGUGGAGCCAGUUCCGACAUUUCAUGCCCGCCGUCUAGUAUUAAUAACCAAUAUCUUCAACGAUUUCCCUUUGUUGCGAUAACAAUCUUCUGGAUCGUCAUCAUCAACAAGGGAAAAUGGAAACAGCUCCCGGUCAUGUUCUUCAUCGCAAUGGCUGGCUAUACGGUCAACUUUUGGAGCACCAAGCGUAUCGGAUCGAAUGUGCAAGUCGCCCAGAGUUUAGGCGCAUUUGCCAUUGGCACUAUGGGUAAUCUAUACAGCCGUCUCUGGCAUGGACACGCUGCUACCGCCAUUCUUCCAGCUAUCUUCAUCAUGGUCCCCUCCGGCCUAGCUUCUACUGGUUCCCUGAUCACGGGAGUCCAGUCUGCAGAUCAGAUUCGAGGGAACGUCACCUCUCAUGGAGGACAAAGUGGUCCCGAAAACGCGAAUGGCAACAUACAACAGGCCCAAGGUAAUAAUGCAGCUUCGAAUAUCGGAUCCGGUAUGAUUCAAGUCGCCAUCGGUAUCACAGUUGGUUUGUUCUUGGCAGCACUGGUCGUGUAUCCUUAUGGAAAGAGACGAAGUGGACUGUUCAGUUUCUAAAAGCUCCAUAUAUCCUGAGAUGCAGUCAACAACCAAAUUCAUGUCCGUGGUGGAUAUUGCGAUUAUCAUAUGAGCGGGUAUAAGGUUUGUGGGGAUGAAUCGAGAUAUCUAUCUGGACAGCCUAGACUGGAUUUAGUAUGUAUAGCUAGCGAAGUGUGUUAAGUCUUCUAGGGAGUUUAUGACUAUUCUCAAUUCACUUAAUAUGAUCGUUCAACCUUUGUCUGACAUAGGGAACAGGAAAGAAAUCAUCAUACAUACUAAGACUGCUAAUAAUUAGUGGAGAUGAUAACUGCUA